AUGAUAUUUACUGGUAACAAUGCAAAACGACGUUACCAAAAAGACAAUGGACAGAGUAACAGUCAGAGAAGGAAAAACACAAAUUCUGAAGGACGUAACAGAAUUCCAUCAGCACAAAGAAUGCCAAGAGAGAAUUCAAGAGAUUCAAUAUGCAGCAGUUCAUACUUACUUUCCCAUUCCUCAUCACUAUCACCAUCAGCUUCGUCUAAUUACUAUUCUACACCAAGGUCGAGUAAUAGUUCAUCUUAUAUGACAAUUCCUGAAUUAGAAGAACCGAAACAUGAUUUUUAUGUGCAAAAAACCCGAGCGAGGGAUAUCACAAAACGCCGAGGUGCUAUUAAACUCAUCCAGCGACUCACGUAA